UAUCAUUCAACAACGAUGAAUAAUUUAUACCGUAUGCACUUUAAAGCCGCCGAGAAGAGCUAUGCUUUCGUAGAUGCAAGAGUAAGAUACGGCUCGUUGGUCUUAUAACUUCAACAUGCUAGAAACGCCGGGCUAAAAUCAAUGGGGAACAUAUAAAAACAACACCAUCGACAAAAUGUUAGGGUUAUUUUAUAGACGGAGAUCUUUAUCAAAUGUAAACCUGUGGUCUAACUUCAAUUUACGCUAUUUGUGUUGUGUUAUUGUUGUCAUUCUCAGUACAUUCCAGCUUGUUUAUAGCGAUAAUAACUCAACAGGUAAGUUUGAAUAACGGCAUUGUAACUUGAUUUCACUAAAGCAACAUAUAAACCCUUUGGAAAGUAUACACAGUUUUGCUGCGUGCUAUUGUUUUGAAGCGACUAGAGAAUGCCAUAUUCGACCUUGUAUUUAAACAAAUAUUGCCUGCGAUUAAAUAUAUUUGCAGCUGCAUAGAAUAAUAGAUUAUAUGUGCGAUGACCUGUACUUUGGAUUCGAUUUUCAAGCCACAUUUUUGAAACGGGAUUAGGUGUAUUAGGGUUCGUUCUAUCGAACUUAAUUAUAUGGUGUUUAUAUCAACGAGUUUAUAGCUAUUUCUGGUUGCUAUUUGCUUAUCUAUAUAUAUAACUAAAUUAAACAAACUAUACUCAAAAUGAUAUCACGAACAGAAUAUCGGAGGAAGCUCAUAUGUAGCAGGAAAAAGCGUGCUAUAGUUUCAAAGUACUUUCGAUUUGUUCUGGUUAUUAUAUUAAUUGUAACUCUUUUCUAUAAUUUGCGACAGUUACGCUUGUUCGAAAAUUCACAAAUGUCAAGUAAUUGCGACAUAUGUUGAGAUUUGUUCUAAUUGGAAAAAAUUCUAAAAUGUCAUCUUAUUUGUGACAUUUUGGGCCAAAAUGCCAUUUUCGGGUGAGACUUUUAUGAUCAUUCGAAAUGCUGGCGCGCGUUUAGAUUAAGUCACUUGUCGAAGUGUUUGUUUAGUUUAUAAAGUAACUUUCAAAAACUAGACGUAAUGUCUUGUACUUCCCGUCAAAAUGGCCCCUUUUUUUAAGCCCUUUAAUAGUUGAUAUGUUAAUUUUUCCUGUUAUGUUGUUCCAUUGUGUUUGCCAGAGAUUAGUUUCACCAUAUGUGGCUUGACGAUGGAGAGCUAUAGAUUAAUUAUUCACAAGGUGUGGUGUUCAAAUUCAGGAGCAAACAAAUUAUUAUUUUAAACUACUACAUAUGAUAAAAAAAUUAACAUCAUUUUCUCACUUUUGAUAAUUCUGCUUGCCCAACUCUGCUGCAUAUACUUCCUUGUGAAAUGCAAUAUAACCAUAAUCGAAUUAUUAUUAUUCCUUAUAGCACCUCAAUGUCAAUGUAAUUCAACAACAACUGGUCCUAGCAGCCUAAAUGCUACAGAGGCUAUUUGUAAUAACUGUACACAAGAUACUAUAAACUGUAAAAAAGGAUACCAAUUUUCGAAUGGGACAUGUGUUAGAUGCUUUUGUAAUUCUACCACAAAACCAACAAACUGUAAUUGUACAGAUGUACAAAUGCCACAAAGCAAAAUAUGUUCGCCUGGGCAGUUUUUUUCAAAUUCAAGCCAACCAUGCAUAAACUGUAGUUGUAAUGUCCACACAAGUUUGAAUAACAAUUGCGACAACAGAACAGGGCAAUGUUUUUGCCAAGAACAUGUGACAGGGCAGCAUUGCACAAUUUGUGCUGCAAACUAUACAGCAAAUUAUUCAAGUUCUGGAGAACUUUUAAAAUGUUUUAAACAAUGUCCUACGGGCUUUAAAAGAGCAGAGAGGAACGAAUGUAUCAAAGCAAACAGCACAAGUUCAUUGCCACUAGUGAUGUCCAGUACCCAUGGUAUAAUCACAUCUACAGAUAGCGUGGUACCUACCAGCAUAUCAAGUACUCCAGUAUUAACAAGUCUGUUGACUGAGGUACCAUCAAGCCCCCAAACACCAUCAACAUAUCUUGUACCAUCCAGUAACUCACCAAUACCAACACCCUCACCAUCAAUCACCAUAGAACCCAUUCAAACACCAUCACCUACCAUUGAGUCACCAUCACCAUCACCAUCACCAUCAUCGUCAUCACCAUCACCAUCAUCGUCACCACCACCGUCAUCAUCACCACCACCACCAUCGUCGCCAUCAUCGUCAUCACCACCACCAUCAUCGUCAUCACCACCACCAUCAUCGUCAUCACCACCAUCAUCGUCAUCAUCGUCACCACCAUCACCACCACCACCAUCGUCACCACCUCCAACAACUGGUAAACCAAUGUCAACCAACACACCACCCACAUCAGUAAACACACCAACUGACCAUGUACCUACCGCUGGUCAAGAAAGUAGCCCUAAUCCACCAACAAAGCCAACAACAGACAAGCCAUCAAGUGAAAAACGAACGACCAAAGUCCACCAUACAAAAAAGCCGAGUAAAGGUGGGUAAAUUUUAUGAAUUUAUUUGUUCUCCUUGUACAAUGUGUCAAUGUACAUUAACAAACAAGAAAAAUUCCUGCCUCCCACACAGAACUUGAACCUGAAACCAAUGACUAUAUAAGGGAUGACCUUACCAGACUUUUAGGACUGAUGAUAAAGCAGCUCCUCAUAAGAUUGUUUAAAAUUAGAAUUAGAUUAAAUAUCGAAUAUAAAUUUAGUUUAGGUUUCAUCCUGACAUCCUGUACUAACACUAACACUGGAUCAAUAAUAAGAUGAUCCUUACUGGACCUCUAGGGAGAACAGUUUAGAACUGAUAGAGCUAUCCAGCAUAUAUCGUUAGAUUAAGUAGCCAAUAUAAAGUUAGUUUAGUUUAGGUUUCAUCCUGUAGUAACACUGGAUCAAUAAGAGAUGACUGUUACUGUCACCUCUAGGAAGAACAGUUUAAGCCUGGUUCACAUAUGACUGCAGUAUGCCUGCGACUGUAUCAUUAUGCCUCUACUUGCCGCCGAAAUACCGGCAAAGUUGAACUCAAAUCAACUUUCCCGGCCUACCGCCGAUGUAACUGUGGCACUAGAGGCAAUCGGCGAACAAAUAUUCACAUAAUUUACGUUUUAAGCUACCACUGGCAUCGUCGCCGGUAUGUCGCAGGCAUAUAUGUGAACCAGGCUUUAGAACUGAUACAGCAUAUAUCGAAAACUUAACCAUUCAAUAAUUUACUUACAGACAAUAGUUCGGAUACCGUGGUUAUUGUGGUGACCUGUGUUGGUGUGGUAAUCAUCCUUGCCAUAGCUAUCGCAGUUGGUUGCUAUUGUCUUCGCUCCAAACGCAAACCAUCGACUCCAUUCUGGACUGUGGAGCUAUCGAACACGAGAAAUGAGGAAUUAGAUUUCGCCUUGUUAGACCCAGUCACGGACGAACCACAUAAGAAAGCUAAUGAUACUGGCGAACCAGAUGCCUCGAUCACAGAGCACUCAAGAUACUAUGCCUACAUUUAGGAUAUAUGGCUCAGAUCAGUGCGAGGAUUACUUUGACAUUACGCUACAGAACAAAGAGGGUGUUUCAUGAGGGUGUUUUUUAAAGCUUUGUAAUAUGUUAUGACUGCAUGCAUCUUCACCUCUGUGACCUAGCGUCGGUAGUAUGCAAGAAUAGUGUCCCCGGGUUUUCCCUGAAUUCUUCUUCGCCUCCACCGCAGACAUCUCCACAGGGCUCCCGUAGCUUCUUCUUCCAAUGACAAUGGUCGACAAGGGAGAACCCUUACUAUAAACGUCUACAUGGAAAGGUUUAGAACCGAUAAAACUGAAUCUAGAUAAAAAUUAGUUUAGUGUUCCAUUCAACUCAAAAAAGAUCUCAGGAAACGCUACGUUACAAACUAAAGUCUGGAUCAAGCGAGUAUGAGUUGGCCAGUCAUGCUUUCCCAACACUAUCAUGACUCAUGUAUUCUAUUUAAGUUGAAACAAAAUGGGUCAUCAUCUACCUAUACUAUCCAGGCUCGUGGUUGGUUGAUUAUAACAAUGAAAGACAAUAAAACUAUAGAAAUCGUCUUUCUAAAGAUUUUUGUUUCUGAUUUGUUUCUGAAAGCCAAUCACAAAACAUGAUCAUUUUAGAUAGGUCUUUACCCAACAAAAUUGGAACACUCGUCAAACCUUUAUUUUGUUUUAAAAUCUAGAGCUUGAAAUGUCCUGCGCAAAGGCCGAUUCAGACUGCACAACUUUCGACCUAAAACUGUCGUAUGUAACCUGCUUACAACUUGAGUUGUACUGUGUAAAUCAAGCAUAACUCACUUACGACAACGUAAGUGAGUUGUGUACUUGAUUUACACAGUACAACUCAAGUUGUAAGCAGGUUACAUGCGACAGUUUUAGGCAAAAGUUGUGUGAUCUAAAUUGGCCUUAACAAUUCUGACUUGGCCUUGACAAGUGACUGCCAACUCGCAUCACGUUCGACUGGGGCUUAAUCAGUUUUAUUAUAUAAAGUACAGUGCUUUAUAGAGAUUUCGAGCACUGAUAAAAGUGAUAAUCUCACAUGCGAGAUUAUUCAUGAUAAUCUCACAUGUGAAAAUUAUCGCUUUUCUGUAAAAAUUAUCGCUUUUCAAAGACUGUCCUUUAUAUAAUAAACAGAAAAAUACAUGGGUGCUUGGAAAUACCAGAUUUAUUUCUCGUAACACUCGAAAUAAAUCUGGUAUUUCCGCGCACCUAUGUAUUAUUCUCUAUAUAAUCAUCCAUGCUCCACAGGCUAGUGUUUAAUUGUCGGCUACUAAAAAAGUACUUGUUGGUGGGUGGGUGGGUGGGUUGUUAAAAAAUUCAGUAAGGAUAAGGUCUUUUUAGUUGAAUGGUUUGUUUUUUAAAUUUCUGAUAUAAGAAAUACCAACACUUUUAAUUGAGAGUGAAAAGGAUUUUUAUGAAAUAAGAAUUUUUAUGUAUUUAGAAAAUUAUUUAUUGACGGAGUGCACAAUGUGUUUGUUUGCUACCACUAAAAUAUAAUUGUUUCCGUCUUACUGUAUAGAUUGAUCUAUACUAUGGAAGUUUCUUCGAGUAAAAUAAUGUACUAUGUAGUGUUAUACAUGCUCUAUGACGUGACUAAUAAUUAUUAUACGCAUGUAAAUAUAUGUAGAAAUGAAACAUUUUCAAUGAUUCUACUUGUGGCUGUUUAUAUACUGAUCAACGAGCUUCUCCAAGAUGGACAUAGGUACUGCGCUCUCCAGCAAAACAGCAUCAUGAAACUCCUUCAAGUCAAACUUGUCACCUAGAUAAAUAUAUUAUCUUAGAUAAUAUACACAAUACAGGGUUGUCCCAAAUGCAAUAUUUUAGAUGAGUCCCAG